CUCCGGACGGGUUUUUUUCUCCUGCUCUUGGGGGGGACCCGGAGGGAGCGGCGCCCCCCCCACUCCCGACGCUGCCCCCGCGUGCGCCCCGCUCGCCCGCAGCCGAGACGGCAGGCUUCAAAAUGUAGCGGAGCGUCCCAGGCUGCCAUGUACAGAAAAUGGACAGAGAGCAAGGGACAGAAGGGAGGCGCCGACGUGAAGACCCACAGGGCAGAGUGAAGCCGCUGACGAGGACCUACAGCCUCAGAGCCGCAGCCUGAGCGCCCAAUGCAAAGGCAGGAGGAGGGGACUGAAGACAUCUAGAAGAGAAGCCAAAGAUGUUGACCAGAAAGAUUAAACUCUGGGACAUAAACGCCCACAUCACCUGCCGCCUAUGCAGCGGAUAUCUCAUCGACGCGACUACGGUGACCGAGUGUCUGCACACGUUCUGUCGGAGUUGCCUGGUCAAGUACUUGGAAGAGAACAACACCUGCCCCACUUGUAGGAUCGUGAUCCACCAGAGUCACCCACUGCAAUACAUUGGUCAUGACAGAACCAUGCAGGACAUUGUUUACAAACUGGUUCCAGGCCUCCAGGAAGCGGAAAUGAGGAAACAGAGGGAAUUCUACCACAAGUUAGGCAUGGAAGUGCCUGGAGAUAUCAAGGGGGAGACCUGUUCUGCAAAACAGCACCUAGAUCCCCAUCGGAACGGUGAAACCAAAGCAGAUGACAGUUCGAACAAAGAAGCAGCAGAAGAGAAGCAGGAAGAGGACAAUGACUACCACAGAAGUGACGAGCAGGUGAGCAUCUGUCUGGAGUGCAACAGCAGCAAACUGCGGGGCUUGAAACGGAAGUGGAUCCGCUGCUCGGCCCAAGCAACAGUCCUGCACUUGAAGAAGUUCAUCGCCAAAAAACUUAACCUUUCGUCUUUCAACGAGCUGGACAUUUUAUGCAACGAGGAAAUCCUGGGCAAGGACCACACACUCAAAUUUGUGGUUGUCACAAGGUGGAGAUUCAAGAAGGCGCCGCUCCUGCUCCACUACAGACCCAAGAUGGACCUGCUCUGAGCCUAGCCCUGGGCCGGCUCUGCUGCCCUCCGUGCCACCUGCGGGUGUUGUGGGGACCAGACUUCUGAAUAGAGAGUAUUUAUAACUUUUGUAUGAGAGAAUUCACACUCAGCAAGACACUACCAGCACCACGGUUACAAGACGACGAAACACUUCACAGUCUCAGCGGCAGAAGGGGCGCCUCUCACAGACCAGAUGGUAAACAUGGUGGCCAGGCGACCUGUGCUUGCUUCCCGGGCCUUGGAAAUCCGGUCAUUUCCGUUGCGUUUAUGAAUUAGGGUUCAUGCUAAGCCUCAAAAAUCCUUGUACAUUUACUGAACCCUUCCUAAGUUAUUGAAAAAUCUCUCUUCAUGGUGAAUGACAGUAUUUAUGUUGCCUUUAGCUUCCUGAAGACUCAGAAGGUAUAUAAAGGGUUAAUUUAAAACCA